CUUUUAUAUGUACUAGAUCAGUUCUGAAUCUUCGGAUUUCAAAUCUUGUAAAAGUUGUAUAACCCAACUUUAAAGCCACAAAUCUGAUCAAUGAUAAACUUAACAUUUCUUUUAUGAUCCUGACAUCCCAGAAUAGUUGCUUGAAAAUGAAAAUCUUCCAUUGUUGAUAGCCAACAACCUUGUUGUCUCAUCACACUGGACCUGUUCCGUUCUGUUCUUUUUAAGCAUCAGCAUAGCUUCUUUCUCUCCCCCUCAAAGUUCAUGGAUCCUUCCAAUAACAAUGGAGGACAGAAGAGGCUCCUAGCCUUGGCACAACGGCUCAGACUUCACAAGCCCCCACCAUUCUCUGAGAACAUGUUAGAAAAGAUCAUGGAAGAAAGCAAAGGCAAGGUUGUUUCCCGAGUCGGUUUCCCGGAACCAGCCACUGCAAUUGCUCAAAACCAAGGAGUAUUUAGAUUCAAGAGAGCUGCUGUUUUGAUCUGCAUCUUCGAAGGCGACGCAGGGGAACUACGAGUGAUCCUCACCAAGCGAUCUUCCAAGCUCUCUAUGUACUCAGGUGAAGUGGCCUUGCCUGGUGGUAAGGCAGAAGAAGGUGAUAAGGAUGAUGGAGACACUGCAAAAAGAGAGGCAAUGGAGGAAGUUGGGUUGGACCCUCAACUUGUUGAUGUUGUUACGUUUCUUGAACCAUUCUUCUCUAAGUACCUCAUAAUAGUGGUUCCUGUCAUUGGCAUACUUCAUGACAAAAAAGCAUUCAAGCCAGCUCCAAACCCUGCUGAAGUAGAAGCUGUAUUUGAUGUACCUUUGGAAAUGUUUCUCAAGGAUGAAAAGAGGAAGCAAGAAGAGAGGAUAUGGAUGGGAGAGAAGUAUGUGAUACAUUUAUUUGAAUAUGAAAUUGAGCACAAGAAAUACCUCAUAUGGGGUUUAACAGCUGGCAUGUUGAUAAAGGCUGCAUCAGUUGUGUAUCAACGGCCACCAGCUUUCUUGGAGCACAAUCCUAUAAUGAUUCCUAGGGACAUAACCAAGGAUACUUUAAUUCAUUGAAUUCAACGUUUAUUGGAUUAUUCAUUGUGUUAAUCAUUUGGUGAUAGUACAAUGUUCAUCACA